GGAGGAAGGAAAGAAGCUGGCUGGUGGCGAAGAUGGCGGAUGGGGACAGUGGGAGUGAGCGCGGUGGCAGCAGUGGUGGCGGAGGGGGUGGUGGCGGCGGGUUUCACCACUACCAGCGGGAUCAGGAGACCCAGGAGCUAGCUUCGAAGCGACUGGACAUCCAGAAUAAACGCUUCUACCUGGAUGUAAAGCAGAAUGCAAAAGGCAGGUUCAUCAAAAUAGCCGAGGUCGGCGCGGGGGGCUCGAAAAGUCGGCUGACACUUUCCAUGUCGGUUGCUGCGGAGUUCCGUGACUACCUGGGGGAUUUUAUAGAACACUACGCCCAACUUGGGCCUAGUAGCCCUGAGCAGAUCGCCCAAUCAUCCGGCGGGGACGACAGUGGGCCUAGGCGGGCCUUAAAAAGUGAGUUCCUGGUGCGAGAAAACAGAAAAUACUACCUCGAUCUGAAAGAAAACCAGCGGGGGAGGUUUCUACGGAUCAGGCAGACAGUUAACCGAGGCCCGGGGUUUGGAGUUGGUGCGAUCCCUGGUGGCAUGCAGUCCGGACAAACCAUCGCUCUCCCGGCCCAAGGAUUAAUUGAGUUCCGCGACGCCCUUGCCAAACAUAUAGACGACUACGGUGGAGAUGACGAGGAACUCGCCAGUGGCGGAGGAGCAGGGGGCUACAGCGAGCUUCCGGAGGGCACCUCCAUCAUGGUGGAUUCCAAACGUUUCUUCUUUGACGUGGGAUCCAACAAGUACGGAGUUUUCUUAAGGGUGAGCGAAGUUAAACCCAGCUAUAGAAACUCUAUCACUAUCCCGUUCAAAGCGUGGGGCAAGUUUGGAGGAGCGUUUUCUCGUUAUGCUGACGAGAUGAAAGAGAUACAGGAGAGACAGAGAGAUAAAAUGUUUGAAAGAAGACCAGGAGGAGCAGGAGGCGAAGAGUCUGAGGGAGACGAUGUGGACGACGAUUGAAUGAUCAAGCCGACUAUACAAUCAAGUUGACAACGUGACGUAAAGCUUGGAUAUACGAUCGAAAAUGUUGUGCAUGACGAAUCGAACAUGAUAAAAAAUACAUAUAUAAUUGACUGAGAAAUACUAUGUUAACAGAUUUGUGUUAUAAAACGUUUAGAUCGAUGGGUUUGUGCUAGCUAAACCAGUAAAUAUUUUCCAUAGAUGAUAAAAAAGAUUGUCUAAUAACUUACCGCACCAACUGUUUCAGAACUCCAGUCUCGCCAUGAUUCAGAACAAGACGUUAUGCUAUUAGCCCAAUUCACAAAUAGAAUAUCUAUUUUUAACUCUGAAUAACUUACUUAGACCUGAACUAUGUGCUAUAUGUAAGAAAGUGUAAACGUGUGGUGUGUUGUUAAUCAAAGAUGCACAGCUCAGCAUUUCCAGUACAUUGCUGUGCGUUUCCGUCUCUCAUUGUUUCAUAGAGACCUGCUGUGUUGUUUUGAAAGAAACUGAAUAAUUGUCCCAAAGUUUUGUUGUGCUGAACCACGCAUUUCCCCCCAAAAUUACUUAUGCGUUUUUUGUAAGCAGACAUUGGUACGUUUGCUCCCAAUAUCUUGGAUAUGGUGAAAAAAAAUUGUACCGGCGAGAGAAAAUUGUUUCGGGCCUAUAGGAAUGAGUUCAAUCCAUCUAUGGACACAAGUAGUAUUAGAGACCCCCAUAUCAGCGCUGUUUUUGUCAACCACAAGAAUGGGAGAGUCUUGUUGUCUGAGUCACUUUUAAUUGCUAAGUGAUUUCACACACUCCACAUUUUAUUAUAAUGGUGCUGCUACUGUUGGACAGCAUAAAGGCUGGUACGGAGUACAAUAUAGGGACAUAAUAUGGUCAAAUCUAGCAACCUGUUAGACUUCGGUGACUUGGACUGAAGGUGGCACCCUAGGGCCUUUUUAGGCCCAGUGGAUUAGUUAGCAUGACUGGAACUGGCUUGUUAGCUUAGUUAUGGCUUAAAAAGCCUUCUCAUUGCAGAAUCUCAAUUUAAAUCCCCAUCCAGGAAACUGGGCCUAACAUUGACACUGGGUUGAUUGAGUUAUGGGAUUCACAUUCAUGGCUAGUUUUAAAUGGAUAGGUCACUUGGGUCCUACUUUCUUCAACUCUGGUCAUUUAUGACUGAAAUAAACCUCAGUUUGAUUGUGGAGUUGGUGCUUUGGAGAAAUAAUAUCCACAGCAAGGUGCUGUCCUAAAUAUACCAGAUAGGAUAUUAUGCUAUUCAACAGAAAAGUCAAUAAUUAUUUUUAGAACUUAAAUAACUAUGUCUAGAAAUUAAAUAACUAUGUCUAUUAGAUGAUAUGUAUAUGUGAAAUAUAUUGGAUAGUGCUACUUAAACUGGCUUGGCCUAUUAAAAACACUAAAGCUUGGAUGAAGUCAUCCAGAGAUAUUUAGGUAUACCAUUUAUUUUUCCUUCUAACAAUUAUUCUGUUAGAGAUGAUUAAGAGCAUAGAAAACUAUAUAAUGACAACAACCUCAUUAUAUUUGAAUUGUGCACAAGGCACUUUGAUCCAGUCUCAUUUAAGUAUUCUGACACAAUCGGUUUUCUCAUUUCCAGCACUUCAAUAUAUUGAACAGAAAUGUAAACAAAUCCAUUAAGCCUUCUUAACCCCUCUUCAUUUCAAUCCACCAGUUUCCCAUUUUCUCUCAAGUUGGUACUCCCAGUUGCCUGUAAGAGAUGUCUGAACAGCAUCCAGACAUGUCUUAAUUCAGCUUUCCUCUUUAUUUUAAAUUUUUUUAAUUGGUUCUUUAUAGAAUUUCUUUCCCCUUUUUUUGCAUAUUCUAACGGCUGUAUGUUGGUAUAAAACCUGGUUUAUAAGCCUGGUUUAAACAAUUACUUUAACAGUGACAAAAAAUAAGAUCAAUAAUGUAAUUGUUAACAUGCAUAGUCAUCACAUUUGUAACAUUGUUCAGGAAAUUACAUCAUUAUCAACAGCAACCAUCCUAUUUUCCCUCUGUGUGUGAACCUUUCCCCUCUUAACUUUACCCUUUAGCACAGCAGUCGAGAAUUUGUCAUACAAGGAAACAUCUCAGAGCAAUAGUUUUUUUUUUUCUACUGAUAUACAAAUAUUCUAUUAAAACACGAGUUUUAACUACAACUGUACUCCUGUACUGUGCUACGUAAAAUGGCAGCUGUUUAUCUCGUGUGUUCUGCUGUAAUAUUCUACCAAGUUCCUAUAAACAGUAAAUAAAUAAAAAUAUUUGCUGAGGAUAA